AUGUUUCACGACCUCAAUAUUCCCUGGACACCUACAUCACCAGAUCUGCCGAGGACGAUAGCUUUUCUGGACGAGUUAGGAUACAAUGUCGUCGCCCUCAAUCACACCAUCUCCGGUAAAUUUUCUCAAAGUCAUGUAAAUCCCAUUUCACCUGACCCUUUCCCUCAACACCCGAGGCUGAAAAUUCUCCGUCGCGUAACUGUUGUUCUCGAUGACCCAGCACAAUGUCACCAUCUCACAUCAUUAGUCAACUAUUAUGACCUUGUUGCGCUACGUCCGACGAAUGACAAGCUGCUUUUACAGGCAUGUUCUUCGCUGGAGUGUGAUCUCAUCUCCAUAGAUCUUUCUCAAAGGCUUUCGUAUAACCUGAAGCACAAGAUUGUUGGCACAGCGAUCCAACGUGGGGUUUUCCUGGAGAUAUGCUACUCUGCAAGUAUCCAUGACGUUGCUGCUCGACGAAACUUGAUGCAAAACGCCGCAUCUCUCAUAAGAGCGACAAGGGGGAGGGGCAUUAUCAUAAGCAGUGAGGCUAGAAAGGCUGUGGGAGUUAGAGCACCUUUUGACGUUAUGAAUUUGGCAACUUUAUGGGGGCUGAGUCAGGAGAAGGGAAGGGAGGCAGUUGGAGGCCUUAGUAGAACUGUAGUUAUACAAGCGGGGCUGAAGAGGCGGUCGUUCAGGGGAGUCAUAGAUAUUGUCGACAAUGGGGCACUCCCUGAAACCGUUCAACAGAAGAAUAAGAGGAAGGCAGAGGAUGAAAAUAACGAUGGCAAAGGGAAGGGUAAACCGGCCAAAGGUCAGCAGAAACAACCACAGAAACAGAAUGAAAGGCAAGGAGGGCAGCAACUCUCUAAAAGGGCUAAGAAAGCUGCAGCUCGUGCUGCCGCCACUACUGGAGUUUCUUGA